AUGGGAAGAUCAGUUGAGAACAGGGAGAUAAAGGGGAUUGUAAUUAAUUACAAUCCAGGGAGAAAUAACACCUUCAUAGGCAUGAUAGAGGGUACCCUUCAUGCUAGAGAGUGGAUAGUACCAGCUACCGCUACUUGGAUUAUUAAAGAGUUUUUAACAAGCUCUGAUCCAGAAGUUCGAGCCUUAGCACAGAAUAUAGAAUGGCACAUCUUUCCAGUGGUCAAUCCUGAUGGAUAUGAGUACACUUUCACUACGCAUAGAAUGUGGAGAAAGAAUCGCAGCACGCGAAACUUUACAUCGUGUGCAGCCACAGGUGUAGAUGACGACAUGAGUAAUGGGGUUGAUCUCAACAGAAACUUUGAUUAUGUUUGGAUGAAAAUCGGUGCAUCGGACAAUCCGUGCACCAACACAUUUGCUGGACCUUCGGCAUUUUCUGAACCAGAAUCAAGGGCGGUGGCUGAUUACGUCUUAGCACUCAAAAAUCAAGGAACUUUGAUCUACUAUUUCGGUCUCCAUUCGUUCACUCAAUUGAUUGUCAUACCAUAUAGUCAUAUGACCGUUGCGGAAUCUGCGGUGGCAACGAACUAUGCAGAUAUGUUCGAAAUUGCGAUAAGGGGCGCUACGAAGUUAAAGGAGAGAUUCGGAACUGAGUAUAGAGUUGGUGUUUCAGCUGACAUUAUGUAUCCAAUGAGUGGUACUAGCUUCGAUUGGGUGAAAUAUGCAACAAACGUUCCAGUUUCGUUCCUUAUCGAAUUUAGGGACCUCGGGGAAUACGGGUUCCUUCUUCCGCCUGAGCAGAUUAUUCCCAAUAACUUAGAAGUCAUGGAUGCCCUAUUAGAGAUCGACAGGGCUUACAAGAGUUACGAAAAUUAUAAGGUGUAUGAUGUUGUUCCAAAAAAUGACGCGCAAGUACAAAUUUUACACGAUUUAAAGAAAGAAGGCUACGAUUACUGGACUGAUGUUUUCACUGUUAAUAGUAAUGUAAGAAUAAUGGUAAAACCGGAAAAACAAAAUGAAUUUGUUAAUUACUUGGAAAAAGUUGGCUUAAAUCCCUCAGUCAGCAUAAGUAAUGUAAAGAAGUUAAUCGAGGAUCAGUUAAAACCAUCUAUAGUUGGGAGUGAUCGUAGCAGUACUCUUGGUUCUCUCACUUGGACUCGGUAUCACACUCUUAGUGAAAUCCACGCUUGGCUGGAUGAACUAGUUGAGUUAUACCCAGGAGUUGUUCAUACAGUCAAUAUAGGAGCGUCGAAUGAAGGCCGGCCCAUAAAGGGAGUAAUAAUAGACUUCAAGCGUGGUGAUAGGGGACAAUUGCCACUUGUUGCAAUGAUAGAAGGUGGCAUACAUGCUCGAGAAUGGAUUUCUCCAGCCACAGUUACAUGGAUCAUCAAAGAAUUCUUAAGUAGUAACAAUCAAGAAGAUCGCAUGUGGAGGAAGAACCGAAACGAAGCUCAUUAUGUAAACUGCACGUCAGUUGACAAUGACUUAAGUAAUGGUAUCGAUCUCAACAGGAAUUUUAAUUUUCUUUGGAUGACGAUCGGUGCUUCUUCGAAUCCAUGCACUCAAACCUUUGCGGGACCUUCGCCCGGAUCGGAGCCUGAAACACAAGCAAUUUCUAAAUACGUUCUCAGCCUUAAAGAGUCUGGAAACGUCAUUUAUUACUUCGCCUUCCACUCCUUCUCGCAAAUGAUCCUUGUACCGUACAGUCACGUAUCAGGAGCCGAUGUACUUCAAGUAGAAAACUACGCGGACUUGUUUGAAAUUGCGAUUCGGGGAGCAGACAAGCUAACGGAAAGGCACGGAACUCCUUACCUCGUUGGGACAUCAGCUGAAAUCUUAUAUGAAGUGAGUGGUUCAAGCUUCGACUGGGUUAAAGGCGUUGCGAAAAUACCCAUAGUCUAUCUGUUCGAGUUGCGAGAUGUUGGUGAAUACGGUUUUCUCCUGCCAACCGAACAGAUAAUCCCCAACAAUGAGGAAAUCAUGGAUUGCCUUCUUGAAAUGGACAAAACCACCAGACUACUAGGCUACUAUUACUCUGGAACGGUUACCAUCACCAGUUCUUUCGUCACGCUGCUACUCGGAAUUGUAUUUCUGUUUCUUAGC